AUGAACUACAUCAACACAAACUUUUUAACCCUACUGGACCUAGAUGAUUUGGAUGCGCGGGUUUCUUCUUUGAAUGAAGAAAGAAAGAUCCUUUCUGACCAAAUAUUGGCUAGAUCCUCCAGAGAGCAUCCGCAAUCUCCAAAUGAACUUCCACUCCAGGUGGUCGAGCUAAUGCAGAAGGUUUCAGGCCAGCCCUGCACUUUAACGCCUGCAUCAGUUGACAAGCUCAAAGAAAAAUAUGGGAACUUGGCCUUUCUUUCAAGGCUUCAUUCCAUACUUGAGUCAAAGGAAUCAUUAACUUUGCAAUGUGAGGUUUUGAGGGCCGGUGCCACCAUAGAACAACAGAUAAUCCAGCUCUCAGGCGAGUCUAGCAUCCAAGAGUUUGCUGAGAUUGCCGAUCAAAUCAGCAACAUCAAAGGCAGAGAUCUGAUUAGUGCAGAGUUGCAGACACAAUUGACAACAGCCAUGGAAUACAAACGUGCAUCACUUUCGUCCAUGUUAUCUUCUCACCUAUCGGAAAUCAAGUGGCUCUCCGCAACAGAAAAAGUCACGAUAGACUCAGAAAAGUUCAAGACAAUCUCGACAUUGUUAAGUGAUCUUAUCAGGCUCCAGGCCAGUGAUGCUGUUCCUCAAUAUCCUGAGGUAUGGUGGGGCCUCGAAACGCUACUUAGCCCGUUUGCUCAAAGAUUCAAUUUUCAUUUUCGCGACACAUCAGAAACCAAUAAAUUGACCAAACCAGAAUGGGCAUUGAACUAUGUGGAGGAGUUUUUGAAUGAAAAUCUACCGACGUUGGAGUUUGUCGUCGGAGAUACGUUCCUUCAGUUUGAGAAAAUCGGUGCUUACGAAAUUCUUUCUACAGUUUUAAGUCCUGUCCGGGAAAAGCUUGAAAGCAUGUUAGAAGUCAUUAAUCAGAAGAUCUCGUCGAGCCAAGAUGACGAGAAAGCUAUUGAUCGGUAUGGUAGACUUUUGUCACAUUUGAUUUUCGAGGCCACCACCUUCGAUCAAAGAAUUCGAAACUCAUACAAGUACAACCCCUUUAUCAAAGAAUUGGAUCUCGUUCCAGAAAAAAAAUGGAUGGGACUUACCGGAGACAUUUUAUUGUCGAAUGAUAAAGAAAGCAUUUCAGUGAACAACUGGCUAAACUUGGAGCUCCGCUUGGCCAAAAAUCGUUUUGAUACAGAGAUCAUUUCACCCAAAAAUGCCUUUGAAAUUGACUAUGAGUUCACAGCAAGCUCAGACUUUCCAGAGAGUAUGGUCAAACCGACAUACUCUGCGUAUGGUCUAUCUAAACUAUUUGAUAAUCUCACCUCACAUUUCAAAACAAUCAACAUUGUGAAGUAUCAAUUGAAGUACGUGUCACAAAUUCAACUUGUGUUUUUGGAUCAAUAUUUGGAAGAAUUGCAAAAGCAAUUUCGCAAAUUCAAUGAGUCUCUAAGCCUGAAGAUCAUAUCGAGUUUUAUGAAAUCAAGUGUCAAGAAUGAAACGGGCUCUACUACACAGACUGUUGUAACGAAUGGCUUGACUGGCCUAGAAAUGUUGACAGGCAUUUAUUGCCUGACGAAAUUUGUAAUUUCAAAAAUGGAGGAAUGGGCAGAAAAUUUGAUAUACAUCCAGCUUUGGAACUACUGUCAAAGCUCUUCCGAAUACUCUGGUGAGUCAAUAUUCGAUGCUUCCAUAAAUGAUUACAAGACACUUUUGUCAAAGGUGUCGAACAAAUACGAAGAAUUCUUCCGAAAAGAAGUCCGAGGAGCUUUGAGAGACUAUGUAAACGACAGUACUUGGAAUAUCGAGGACCCUCAAUAUGUACCCCAAGUUUCUUUGUCUUUGUCAGGUUUCACUACAACAAUCCCAGCAUACACCUCAUAUUUGAAAAGAUCCCUACUGGACAUUGAUUUCACUAUUAUAUCUAGCAAAAUCUGCGAUUCAUAUGCCCAUAUUUUGCUUGAGUAUGUGAUCACUAACAACCAGUUCAAUAAGAGAGGGCUCGAGCAGCUUCAAACGGACAUCCAUUAUUUGGAUAGCAUCUUGAAGGAUCACUUGCUAUUGGACCAUCUGCAUAAAUACUCGAAUUCAGGAAACAAAAGCUACAAGAAAGUUUUUCAGUCUAUCGAAAUGAUGAACCGGUUUGAUGCAUCUGGGGCUAAGCUUUUGAAGAAACAAUUUCUGAAUGGCGAGACUAUACGCAGUCAGUUCGAAAGUAGAUUAGAUUGCUUGAGUGAUAGUGAGUGCCUCGACCUAUUAUUUAGGAUAAUAUAG